AACAUCGGCUUGCUGUACCCUCCUGAACUAGCCAUUGAUUCAGAAGGUAAGUGACUCUCAGGCCAAGCGUUCGUAGGGGGGCUCUCUACUCACCUCCUACUACCAAGGCAACGACCUUUCAGUAAGAGACGACUUUGUCUAUAAGGUUGUCGAGGAGUUUCCGAAACCUGUGCAAUCCAUCUGCACGUAAGUUUCAAGGUCCCGACUAUUCAAAGCCUGGAAGUCUCAUUGACCAAUGCAAUUUCUUCUUCUUCAUCACAGUCGUGCAAGAGGCGUCGGACAGUGGAAAGUCUUCACCCGCAAGCCUCUCGACAGGCUCGUCCGGGGCCGGGUGGUCCUCAUAGGAGACGCCGCGCAUCCCAUGCCCCCAGUGCGCGCUCAAGGUGCAGCCAUGGCGAUCGAGGACGCAGCGGCGCUAGGCGUGCUAUUGUCAAAUAUGACCUCGAAAGACGAGAUCUCGACCCGACUGGAUAUGUUCAACCAGCUGCGACUGAAGCGCGUGGCCGCGACGCAGACCGCGUCAUCACAGCAUCAGUGGGAUCCGACCCGUGUUUCCGAGGAGCAGCGGCAGUACUUUGACGGUGACGUCCCGCAGACCACGGAAGACCUGGAAAGAUUCAGCUACGAGAACGAUGUGAUCCGCGAUGCAUUUGACUUGUUGGGAAAGGCUUGAAGGACGAUAGAAGGAGACGGAUCAGGCAAGGGAGUGCGGUGGAAUUUAGAAAGAAACUGCAUUAAAAACUCACUAGUAGCCUACUCGGUAGACGGCUAAACUAUCCUCUGUUUAUUCCAAGGCAUCAAA